AUGCCCGGCCGCACUCGUGGCGCGCCUCAUGUCUCCAUCUAUUCCGGUGCGCACCACGUCUAUCAGACUCUGACGGGCCCGCUAAUGCCACCCACCUCGGCCUCGAACACUACGCCCGGAAUCAUUCCACACGCGAGCUCGACGCAGGGCGCGAUUCCGAGGCGUGUAUGUGUCGUUAACGUUAUCCAGAAAAGCUUCGCGUUCCGAUUCGACUCUCCCUGUCGACAUCGGACUUCUUCGCUCGCGUCCGUAUGCUGA